AUGAAAAUUGAUCACUUUGAUGUGGUCCUAGAAAAAGAAGAAGAUUCUCCAUAUAUUGGAGGUGAUUUUAUUGUGGGUUCUAUAAAAAUAAAUGUUAUUAGUAAAAUAGAAAUAUCAAAGCUUACUGUAUCAUUGCGUGGUAUUAUAAAAACUGGAUGGAAAAAUAAAAAAAGUAGUGCGGCUAUUUUUGAAAGUGUUGUUGAAAUAUUAAAUGAAACAUUAGAUUUAACAAGUCAAAUUUUAAACCAUUGUGAUGAUAAAAAUUAUUUACAAUGUGGUCUUCAUAUAAUAUCCUUUCAAUAUAAGUUACCAUUUGCUGUGCUUUCAUCAAUAGAACAAGAAAAUUUAGGAUGUAUUAGAUAUAAUAUUCAAGCAAUUCUUGAAAUACCAGAAGAUGGAUAUAGUGAAAUAAUUACUGAACGUCCAAUUUUAAUUUUUUCAUAUCUUAAUUUAGAUGCACCACACUUAUUAAAUAGUACAACAGUUUCUGAUCAAGCUGAAAUUACCAAUUGUUGUAGUAAAUGUAGAGGAAGAAAAAGAAUUAUUAAUACAACAGUCACAAUAGGACAAUUAGGUAUUUUUCCUGGGGAUCAAUGUGUAGUAAAAAUUGAAGUAGAUCAAGAUCCAGUAAGUUCCUGUUGCAAUCCAUUAAAACGUCACAAAAACAAAGAAACAAAAUGUAUUUCAGUGUCAUUUUGCCAACAAACAACAUUUAGAUCCAGAAAUAGAUUUGAUCCUAAAAUUGUUGAUGAAAAAUCAAUUACACUUGCCUUAGCUUCACAGAGUUUUCAUCAUGAUUAUGAUAGUAAUUCAACAAUUGUUAAAGAUAUAGUUUUUCCUGUACCUGAUUUAAUUCCACCAACAACAAUCAACGAAAACGAAUUAAUAUCAUGCUGUUAUUUUUUUAAAAUAUUUAGUAAAAAUUUUUAUAUUGUUGUUCCUGUAAUAGUUGGUAGCACAAGAACUAAUAUAUUAGAAAAAACAGAUGAUUUAUUUGUAUAA